AUGGCAAGGAGGCGGCCAUGUGUUGCAGCCUUUGCUGCAAGCCUUUGCGGCGUUGCCCUGCUGCUGGCCGGACGCGAUAGGCCAACCUUUGCCGCACUGGCGGGCGCAGACAGCAGAGGUAAGGUGCAGAUGAGCACCGAGCCAAGUGCUGUGGCAGCACGUGCUUACAGCACAGCACCAGUGGCAGAGCCUCCUGAGGAUUUGAUGACCAUCAAGCAGCGGCACUUGGCACCCUCAGCGGAGCACAUGGAAUAUGCAGUUGUGGAAUACAGUGGGCGCCAGCACAUGGUUGUGGAAGGAGGCAUGUAUGAGACCUACUUCAUUCGAGCAGUUCCUGGUUCGAAGGUGCGCUUGAACCGCGUGCUCCUGCUGAAGCAGAAGAAGAGCGAUGAGUUCGAAGUGAGUGUGGGGCAGCCGCUGGUGGACGGAGCUUAUGUGGAGAUCACCAUCCUCGAGCACCUGAAGGGCGAGGAUCAGCUCAUUUUCAAACAUAAAAAGAAGAAGCACUACAUGAAGCGCUGGAUUGUCAAUCAGAAGCUCACACGAUUCCGCGUCGACAAGAUUGCAUUGGGAUCGCCUGAUGAGCCCCUUGAGGGCAGGACACCAUUCCCCUUGGGCCCAACGCCACAGUAG